AACUUUGGUCUGUAGUGACAUUAGGCUGUAGCACAUUUUAAACAGCAUUGCUUUUUCAACAUGGUGUAUGAGUGUAUUGUUAUAGGAGCGGGGAUUCAGGGCUCGUUUACCGCCUACCACCUCGCCAAAAAUAACAAGAAAACUCUCCUGCUGGAGCAAUUUGUCCUGCCACACUCCCGUGGAAGUUCCCAUGGACAGACACGCAUCAUCCGGAAAGCUUAUGAACAUGAUUUCUAUAUACACAUGAUGCAGGAGAGCUAUAAGCUGUGGGCCGAGCUGGAAAAGGAAGCAGGGGUAAAGCUGUACAGGCAUACUGGCCUGCUGCUGAUGGGUCCAGAGAAUGGAAAGGACUUUCAGCUCAUUAAGAGCUCAAUGCAGAGGAACAAGAUUCCCACUGUGGUGCUGGAGAGACACGAGUUCAGCCAACACAUCCCCAAUGUGAACCUGACGAGCGGAGAUGGUGCGAUUGUGGAAACCACUGCUGGAGUUUUGUACGCAGACCGUGCACUCAGAGCAGCCCAGGCAGUGUUCCAGACACAUGGUGGCACGAUAAAAGAUGGAGAGAAAGUGAUUAAUAUUGAGCCUGGAGAUUUAAUCACAGUGACAACAGACUCUGGCACAUACCAAGCGAAGAAUCUGGUGAUCACCGCUGGUCCGUGGGCUAAAACACUUCUGUCCCACACUGGACUACAACUUCCACUGCAGGUGCUAAGGAUAAAUGUGUGUUACUGGAAGGAGAAGAUUCCAGGCUCCUACAGUAUCAAUAAUCGCUUUCCCUGCUUCAUCCAGAUGCAGCCAAAGGAGGCAGAGCAUGAUAUAUACGGCCUCCCUUCCAAUGAGUAUCCAGGACUCAUGAAGGUUUGCUACCACAUGGGCAGCGAAACGGACCCGGAUGAGCGAGACAGACAGACAGAUAGACGGGAGGUCGAUGCUUUGUCCGGCUACAUCAGCCGCUGUUUUCCUGGCCUUGUGCCUGUGCCUGCUGUUGUGGAGAGCUGUAUGUACACUAUCACACCUGACAAACAUUUUGUCCUGGACCGCCACCCGAGCUACAGCAACAUUGUGAUUGGAGCUGGGUUCUCAGGCCACGGAUUCAAGUUCGGUCCGGUUGUAGGGAAGGUACUGUGUGAGAUGAGCAUGGGCCAGAAUCCUUCCUAUGACCUUUCACCUUUCAGCAUCCACCGCUUCAAUGGCAAUCCCAAAUAAGCUCCAUGAGACCAGGGUCUAUAUCAGAGUAUCUGUGAAGAAAUUUCUAGUAAUACAUGAUACAAUGCUGAUGUGUCAAAAAUGAUGUUAAUACACGUGAUCUUUUACGGUGCCUUUGUUUAGCUUGAGUGGACAAUGUUGGCAAGUCAUUAAUGCCUAAAAUGCAAGUCCUUUUAAUGAAAAUAAAAAAAACCCCACUAUGAUAAUGUCUAUGAAAUAUACAUUGCUAAAUGCUCCUGCCAAAUGAUUUAUCUGUGAUGUCCCUGGUUCCUGUCUCGAAGCUUACUCUGCUCUAAUUCUCUAUACAGAAGACCACUAUACUGUAAACGUUUACACAAACAUAGUGUUCUUCCAUGAAAUCACUGAUAUGAUCUUCCUGCUUCAGUGGGACCUGCUUCUACCGCUUGAUUCGACAUAGGAGCCAUUACUUCUUGUGAUGAGAUGCAUAACACCAAUGUUUUUACCUUCAUUCAACUUAAAGAACAUUUUUUUUUAUGCAUUAUUUGCUCCUCUAUGCCAAAGCGAGGUUCCCCACUGCAUACAAAGCAAAUUGUUUGUUUAAAAAAAGACAUCAGCCACUGAGCAAUUUGCCUCAAAGGAACCAGGCAGCAUGUUGUUGUGCCGCCUGUAACUAUUUCGCCCUGUAAACAUGUUAAUCACUAAUCAGGUGGCCUGUUACUAUAGCCGUUCACCACCAUCAGCAGGAAUGAGGAAAUUAUACGGCGUGACAGCAGGGGAACCGGAGCCCAUUCAUCCUUGGGGCUAAGAGCAUAUUGAUUUUGUUAGAUUAUUAAUGGCUGCAUUAAAUUGCCAUCAAGCACGCAUGGCCUAAUAUUUACCUCA